GGUGUCUCGUAUAAAAAGGCCCUGUGGAUGUGGCGUGACGGCAGAGGAAGCGCGGCGUAAAAUACUGUAAAGUACAACACACUUGACAAGCCUUCUCAUCUUAGAGGCGCAUCAGUGUAAAAGAGUGUGGCAGGUGUAUGAAUUCACCCAAACACAGACAGAGAGAUCUUAACGCGUUUGCAUUCAUUCAUAGCUGGACCGUCUCACCUUCAGGUCACUGAGAUGUAUAAGGUGGACAUGUUGAAAGUAUUGACCACAGUCGCCCUGCUGACCGUCGCUUCGGCUGCUCCGUUGAUGCCUGGAGAACCAGAUGCUUUUGAAGAACCUGCUGAUGGAGAUCCAAGGAGAACUGGCACAGAUGAAAUAAACACAGCAAGAGCAAAGCUACUGAGGACCGGACCAAUGACGACAUUUCCCGACGGAGAUGGAAAGACUGUAGUGAUGAGAGCUUUAGACAAAAUAAUUACAGCGACAAGUAGCCCAAAUGUCAGAGACAAAACAGGUAUCAAUAAUCUAUUAAAGACACUAACACUCCUUUCUGACGGACACGAGGAGAUUGAUGGAUCUCUGAGGACAGACCGCACAACCAGUUCCCCCGAUUCCCAGCGGCAAACGGAGAAGAACAGACUGUUCAGGCUGUCAGAGGUGAUUGGGUCAAACGAGCACGAUGACACUCCAACAGCAGCCAAACAAUCCAAGCCUGAUCCUGUCACGGGUGAUCCUGAGGCUCGAGAGGAGCUGGUGAAGAUGUUGAGUGCACUUGAAGAGCUUCACAAGUUAAUGAACCGCACACUGAGGCAUCGAAUCACCAUCAUACCCAGAGGAAAUAGCAAUGGGCGAGGUACUGGGAAAAAGAACAAAAUGGUAGUGACAGAUGGAAACCUGAAAUCCACCACAGCGACCACUAUAGACAGCGGUGGGAUUUCACCGAAGGCCAGCACUGACCAGAUGGAUCCCAAACUCAAUGGAAAAGCCUUUAAAAAGUCUGUUCCAUCAGCUAAGAAACCCAACAAAAGAGUGUGCUUCUGGAAGUACUGCUCUCAGAACUGAGCUUCGCCUAGAUGAGCGACAGAUUUCACCCUCAUUUCACCAACCUUUGAAAUGCCAAGCAACAAAUCCUGUUCUCAAACAUAGAUGCUUAAACUCUUCUCAAUGGACCAUCAAUAACAUGACUGACCGCUCUGACCCCUGUGACGUGUGUACCCUUGAUUUUGUGCACGAAAUCCUGUUAACCUUCUAUCAACAACACCAAUAAAAAUUCCAAUAAAAAUGACAAAGCAUGCAAAAAUACUGUGAUAAU